AUGGCGAGCUCGAGUUCUUUGGAGCAGGAGGUGAAGCUGGUUGAUCCGCAGGUUCAGAAAAACGCACCCGGCGAGUCAGCCGAAAUAUCUGCAGAGUCGAAGGGGCUGAAGAAGAAGAAGAAUAAGAAGAAGAUCUCGCGUCAGGUGGCAGAGUGCGAUGUGAAACGUGUCCUCUCCUACAAACCGGACAGCAUGGAUAUGGAGGUGCCUGAGAUUGCUUUCAGGAAAGACCCUGUGCUGGCUGCGAGCUUGUAUGACAUGUUGGCCGACAUAGCCCUGUUCGACGACUGUGUUAACCAGGAGAUGCUGGAUUUACAGAAAGACUACAGGCAACAGCUGAAAGCCAAGGGCGUAGUAACCUAUGAGGUCGAGGUCGACGAGGACUACGACCAAGAUAAAGACUACGUUCCCUUGCAUCCAGGAGGGCGCAGGAGACAGCGCCCUGGCGUCGUGAAAAAUCAUCAAGGACAGACAAGGAAGCUGAACUAA